AUGGAUCACUUGGCUAUCAUGCGUCGAUCGCAUGUCACAGGAGUAGAGCUGUGUUGUCUUCGUUUGUUACAUAUUUUAGUGUUCUGAUUUUUGUAACCUCGAUAAAGUAGUCUGAGAAUGAAAACAUCCUGACGAAAGCUGACGGAAAAGGCAUAACCUGCCUUCAACACAACAACAGACUACAGUAUGGCAGAAAAUUAUCUGUAUUAUUCUGGAUCUUCCGACACUGACGGCGAAUUCAACGAUGAAAAUUCAGAAGAUCUGUCUCAUAGCGAGUUGGAAGUCUUGCCAAAUUACUUAAAAAGUGACUCACUUUGUUUGAAAUCGCUUCAGUUAAGCCACAACAAUUUUGUUAUAUUUCCAGAAGAAAUAGGGAAUUUCAGGAAUCUUGUGAACAUUGACAUCAGCAACAAUGGAUUAACAAACAUCGGUGGUGCUCUUCUUAAUUUGACUGCUCUUCAAACGUUCUCAGCUCGCAAUAAUCUUCUUGAAGCCAGUUCACUACCCAAAGACUUCGGACUUAUGACAUCACUUGAGACUGUGAAUUUCAGUGGAAAUAAAUUUGUGGACUUUCCUAUGCAAAUUACAGAGCUAGUGGAAUUAAAAACCCUCUAUUUUGGUGCUAAUCAGAUUGUUUCAAUUCCAAAUGCUGUAGGAAAUCUUAAAAGAUUGGAGGUGCUAUAUCUAGGUGGGAACUGCCUCACUGAAGUGCCAGCCGCUCUGGGAAACCUUCAGAAACUGUCUUCCCUGGUGCUCUGUGAUAAUAACCUCAAUAGUAUUCCUCCGACAUUUAUAAACCUCCGGAAACUACGCUCUCUAAGCCUACAUAAUAACCGUAUCACAACACUUCCUCCGGAAAUUGUAGCAUUAAAUUUAGUGGAACUUAGCCUGAGAAACAAUCCUUUGGUUGCGAGAUUUGUUCAGGAUUUAUCCUUUGAUCCACCAUCUUUGCUAGAGCUUGCGGGGCGAGUUGUCAAAAUUGAAAAGGUGAACUACUCUGAAACUGACCUUCCAUCAAGCUUGGCCAGCUAUAUGAACUCUGCUCAAAGAUGUGUGAAUCCCAAGUGUAAAGGUGUAUAUUUCGACUCGAAGGUUGAGAAUGUUAAGUUUGUAGACUUCUGUGGGAAGUAUCGGCUGCCACUGCUACAGUAUCUCUGCUCCCCUGCCUGUUCGUACCAACCUGCCUACAGUGACAGUGAAACUGAUGAUGAAGAUUCAGCACGCUCCAAACUCAAGAAAGUCUUGCUGGGUUGAACAUUUAAUGCCAGUAAUACUCAUGUGUCUCAUGUGUUUUUUACUUUGUGGAGGAUUGGUCCCAUUUGAAUACAUGUCCAGAAUUUAAGAAAAACAUUAAAAGAGUUUAAAUGAC